GAGAGAUUAGUUGGUGAAGUCUCAUUUACUCGUUGUACAAAUCUGGAACACUUAACCUGACGUUGAAACGUAUUGUCCACGUAUGUUUUAAUCAUUUCCUUGUAUGCAGGUGAGUCUACAUGGUAGAGCCAUCAACACAUAAGUUUGCGUCCCUAGAAGAGGAGCUGAGCUUCUGGAAGGAGCAGUCAGAGAGACACGAGCAACGGGCUGCUGAGGCAAUAGAGGAGCUGCAGGAGUUUCAGCAGAUGAGUCGAGACUAUGAGGCAGAACUAGAAACUGAGCUGAAGCAGUGUGAAGGCCGAAACAAAGACCUGCUUUUAGACAACAACCGACUCCGCAUGGAACUGGAAAGCAUAAAGGAGAAGUUCGAAUCCCAGCAUUCAGAUGCCUUGAGGCACAUCUCGACCAUGGAGGAAGAUCUAGCACAGACCAGAGCAGUCAGAGAUCACCUGCAGAAAUACAUCAGAGAGCUUGAACAGUCCAAUGAUGACCUGGAGAGGACCAAAAGGGCGACCAUCAUGUCUCUGGAGGACUUUGAACAGAGGAUGAACCACGUCAUUGAGAGGAAUGCCUUUCUUGAAAGCGAGCUGGAUGAGAAGGAGAACCUGCUCGAGUCUGUUCAGAGGCUCAAGGACGAAGCCAGAGACCUUCGUCAGGAGCUGGCUGUGCGACAGAAGGAAAGACGGCCCUCCAGCAGCCUGGGCAAAGACACAGAUCGAACAGAUCUGUCAGGCUCUUCGGCUACUAACCCAAUGAUCCCUGUCACACCCUCCAAACCUAUUAGCUCAUUUGUCACACCUCCCCCUUCCAGCAUUCGACGAGGUGAUGGUCUAACAGGGACGCCCCUCACUACGUCUGCUAGAAUAUCUGCACUCAACAUUGUAGGGGAGCUUCUCAGAAAAGUUGGAAAUCUAGAGACCAAGUUGGCAUCAUGUCGAGACUUUGUAUACGACACAUCUGUCAUCCGACCGGCACUUCAAGCUGGCCCUGGUAGUCCUUCUGGUUUAGAAGGAGCCCCUGAUGUCCAAGCUACCAGCAUGAGCCCACCUCCUCAGUACGACAGUUUAGUGAAGCGGUUAGAGUUUGGACCUGCUCCUCCAAGAGGGCUCUCCCAGGGUACCCAGUCUCCACAGGGAGGAGUCAAGAUCCUGCUAUGAGAGAAAAAAUCGGGCGAGCGCCCCCCCCCCUUCCUUCCAUAACCUGACCCUGACUCCUUCUCUACCUCCCUCCUUAAUAAACCACAGCAACUGGACUUUUUUAAAAACUGAGCUGUCUUCCCUUGUUGCCACCUCGUCCUUGCUCCAUGCCCCACAUAAACAACACAUGGACUUCAGUAUCACCAUAUCAUAGGAAGCAGCACUAAAGCUUGUAUAAAACCGAGUAAAGCAGAACCUACUGCUCACUCUUAUAUUAUACUGUAUGUCUGACGGUGUGGUGAGUAGCAUCUAACCAAAUCCUUCUGUGUCUACUGAUUAGCUGUGCUGUGAUGGAUCGACUACAAACAUUACCCAUUCCCACACAACAAACCUUGCUGCACUUGUCCAUUGAUAAUGUCGUAUUUUAUAUUAUUUGCAGGCACUGGAAGAGACACUGAUAGAUGGACCAAGAACCUGUGUUGUCAUUUAUGAAAAGCUUUGAAUGUACAAAUAUUGUGUUUUUGCCCAAGCUUGAACCAAAGCUGUGAUAAAUGAAUAACAGGUCAAUUAUACCAAUUAUAAAAGUAAAGGGUUACGUUGAUUUCUUUGUUCCUUGCUGACCCUCUCUGACAGUAAUGUAGCACUAAUUAACAUUGCCAUCAGUUAACUUGUAAAUUACUAGCUUAGCUGUUAGCCAGCAAUGAGCUAGAUAUUGUUGGUUAAAAAGAUGAACCCCCUUUUUUUUCUAGAGGAAACUCUAUGUUCUUCCCUGCUACAAAAAUGUUAAAUUGAUAAUUAAUUAGUUGCUUCCGUGAAGAAGAAUUGAUGUUUAGUAUUUUAGCCAUUGCUGCCUUCAUGCGUCUUUAUUACCUCUUCAGUCUGUAGGCCUUGCUUU